AUGCCGACAAGCCUUUUCGGUGAGCUGGGCGGUGGGGGCGGCCUGGUGGAGGACCAGCGCGCGUUGCAGCUCGCUCUCGAGCUCAGCAUGCUGAACUUCGGUGACAGCUUGCCAUCUGCGAACCCGCUGGCCAGCCCUUUGGGGUUCGCGCCACCUCCGGACGAUCGCGCCAAGAAGUCGCAGAACAUGACCGAAUGCGUGCCAGUGCCGUCAUCGGAACACGUAGCGGAGAUAGUCGGCAGACAAGGAAUCGUGAAACCGGAGCAAAAAAACGCAGCUGUACCCACUUGCAACCUUGUCGAACUACCAGCCGCUCGACGCCCCGGCGAACUUAACGCAGCAAAGCUCCGACCGGUUGCUGCGAUAAGGUGGCAUCGCAUCGCAUGCGUAGUUAUGCUAACGAUAAGAGAAAUGAAAGAGAAAACAGAGUCAAGUCACACGUGCGAACGGAAUGUAUUAAGAUCACAACACUGGCUAGGCAGUGGGUAUCGGCGAGAUUCGCGGCGUGCGUUCCGGUCGACGCCACCGAGUCAGGGUCAAGGCUUCGCCUCCUGCACUUCGCUGCGCGCCUAG